AUGAAUGCUGACAAGAUCCUCUCUCUCUCUCUCUCUCUCUCUCUCUGUGUCUCUCAAAAGGAUAUAUCAAUUCUUUUCCCCUUUGAAUCUGAAUAUAAGUUGCUAUCAUCUUUAUUUCUAUCUUUCUCUCUUUUCACUUUUUCCUUUCUUUCUUUCAUUUGUUUUCCUUUCUUUCUUUCUUUCUUUCUUUUCCUUUCUUCUUUUUUCUUCCUUUCACUUAUUGCCUUUCUUUCUUUCACUUUUUCCCUUUCUUUCUUUCUCUUUUUGUUCUUUCAAUUCUUUUCCUUACUUUUUUUUCUGCUUUACUUUGUUUCUUUCAUUUCCGUUUCUUUCUUUCUUUUCCUUUCUUCUUUUUUUUCUUUCAUUUAUUUUCCUUUUUUUUCUUUUUUCUUUUCUUUUCUUUCUCCUUUCCUUUCGUGUUUCUUUACCUUUUCAUUCUUUCUUCCCCUUUCUUUGGCUUUUCUUUUCUUUCCCCUUUUCUUUCUUUCUUUCUUUCUUUUUUCUUUCUGUCACUUAUUUUCCUUUCUUUUCUUUCUCCUUUUCUUUCCCCUUUUCUUUCUUUCUUUUUUCUUUUCCUUUCUUUCUUACUUUCUUUCUUUCUUUCGUUCUUUCUUUCUUUCACUUAUUUUCCUUUCUUUUCUUUCUUUCUUUCUUUUCUUUUCUUUCUCCUUUUCUUUCGUCUUUCUUUCCCUUUUCAUGCUUUUUUUCCCUUUCUUUGGCUUUUCUUUCUUUCUUUCUUUCUUUCUUUCUUUCUUUCUUUCUUUUUACCGCUGUAAUAUUUCCACAAUAGACUAUUAUGGCGACUGUGGGAAAAUUUAUAAUUGUCUUAUAAAUAAUAAUCUAUCAAUGUCCAUACAUUAUCUAUCUAUCUAUCUAUCUAUCUAUCUAUCUAUCUAUCUGUGCAAACAUGCAUAUGUUAAAAUUUUUUUUCUUUCUUUCUUAAAUUUUAUUUUUCUCCAAACUAAAUUUUCUUUCUUUCUUUCUUUCUUUCUUUCUUUCUUUCUUUGA